AUGACGAUACUGCAUCUUACAAAACAAAUUCUGAUAAUACCCCUGAACAGAUAGAAAGUAUAUCCGAAAAUAUUUCUAAUUCUGAUAUAUACCAGGAGACGAAUAUUCAAUACUCUGAACCACCUAUUUGUACGGAGUCAAGACCUUCUGAAGAUAAAAAGAUUGAUGAAUCUCUGAAUCGGGUACAUAAAGAAACCGUUAGUAAAGAAAUAAGAGAAAGAAAUCGGGAAAAGAAGAUUCAAGUACAAAACUUAUCUUCGAAUAAUAAUUCACCGGCUCUAAGGGAGUGUCUCUCUGAGUCAUGUGAUAUAAAAAACAUUCCUAAUACCUCUUUACCGGUGGAAGAUCUUGACGAUUCUGAUGAAAUUGAGCUUACUAAAAAUCAAAAUAUAGAACAAGAUUUACUGUAA